CAGUGUGACAGGCCAGGCCUUGGGCUGCUGGCCAGGGCAGGGGGCCUGUGAGUCACAGAGUUGGUCUUUGUGGAGCAGCUGCCCCUCCCGGGGACUCUGUGUGUGUGGCCACUCCCCUAGGUCACUCUGACUGGGUGUGACCAAAGCCGCAGGCCAGCACAGAGCCUCCUGUCAGACAGCACAGUGGCAGGCCUGGAGCAGACUUCCCAGAUUCCAGGUGAAGCCAGACUUUCUCUUCAGGCAACAGGCUCUCCUGUAAAUUCUCCCUUCUUCUGCAAAGUCAAGGGUUUUCGGUUGAGGGACUUCAUCUGGGAGGUGAUCCUGGGGCAUGUGAUGAAGAAAGGAAGCAAAGAAAGAAGAAAAACUUCACACAGAUGAGUGGGCUGCUGAGAGAGCAGAUGCAGAUGCUGCAGGACCGGCCCUGCCGUGGCCAGGGCACUGGGCAUUUACCACCCAGGCCACACAGGGAGGGACUCGAGGCUGCUCCGGGCCAUCGCGGCCUGGGAACUUGCAGCCUGCCUUCCAAGGACACCAGAGGAAGUCCUCAGGUAGGGGCUUCCGGGAAGAUGGCACUGUGCGGAGGGCAUGCCCUGCGAGAGAUGUCCCCAUGAGCAGAAGGGAGGUGUUUCUCAACCCAAUCAAGUUAACAAUGAAGAUUACCCAUCAUUCCUACUUAUAAAUCAACCAAAUAUUUAAAAGAAACAAAGGGCUCUUUCCCGUUUUCGGGCAUGAAUCAGGUGGCAAUUCAACUGGACGUGUCCGUAGCCCUUUAUGUGCUCUUCAGCUGGUGCCAUGGAGGAAUUACAAAAAUAAACUGCUCUGGCAACAUCUGGGUAGAACCAGCCACGGUUUUUAAAAUGGGUACAAAUAUCUCUGUCUAUUGCCGAGCAGCCAUUAAGAAUUGCCAGCCAAGGAAACUUCAUUUUUAUAUAAAUGGCAUCAGAGAACAAUCUCACACCUCAAGGAUUAAUGAAACAACAGCUUGUCAGCGGUACAAGAACUUCCUGGAGCCCCGCGCCUCCGUGUACUGCACCGCAGAGUGCCCUGGACGUUUGAAAGAGACGCUGGUGUGCGGACAGGACCUUUCCUCUGGAUAUCCGCCGGACGCCCCUGAGGAGGUGACCUGUGUCGUCCGUGAACACUCGGGCCGCAUGACGUGCAGCUGGACCGCGGGCAGGCCCACCCACCUGGACACAGAGUUCGAGGUGCGCGUGCAGAGUUUGGAGACAGGAGAAGAGCAACGGUAUCUCGCCUCGAGCUACGUGGACAUCUCCACAGAUGCGCUGCCAGCUGGCAGGAAGUACUGGGUUCGGGUCCAUGCUGCAAACGUGCUCGGCAUGGAGGAGUCAAAACCCUUGCACGUUCACCUGGAUGACAUAGUGAUCCCGGCUGCGUCCGUCAUCUCCGGGGCUGAGACCCUGAAUGCCACAGCUCCCAGAACCGUCGUUCACUGGAAAAGCGAGACGGCGCUGGAGGCUGUGUCCUGUGAGCUGCGGCACAAGGCCUCCGACAACCACACAUGGACGGUCACAGAAUUUGACACCAACAUCACAUACGCACACCGGUCUGAAUUCUUCCUGGAGCCAGACGUUAGCUACGUAUUUCAAGUGAGGUGUCGAGGAACAGGGAAAAGGUACUGGCAGCCCUGGAGCGCACCUUUUUAUCACAAAACCCCAGCGACAGUCCCCCAGGUCACCCCGAAGUCGCUGCAGCGAGAUGCUCGGGACUCGGACUCCGGUCUCCUCGUUGCUUCUGUCUUACAAAGUCACCUGACUUCCGACAACAGGCAAGAUGUUGGACUUCUGUCUGGAAUGCUCUUCUUCGCCAUCAUGCUGUCGAUCCUCUCUUUGAUUGGGAUAUUUAACAGAUCGCUGCGAACCGGAAUUAAAAGAAAAAUCUUACUGCUGAUACCAAGGUGGCUUCGUGAACAGAUUCCUAACAUGGAGAACAGUAAUGUUGUGAAAAUGCUACAGGGAAAAAAUGAAUUUGUGAAUAAUAAUUGCAGUGAACAGGUCCUUUAUGUUGAUCCCGUGAUUACAGAGAUAAGAGAAAUUUUUCUCCCAGAAGAACAAAAGCCCGAAGAUUACAGGAAGGAAGUGAAUACAGAAGCCCAGGACCUGAGAGCAUCAGUAUUCACCAAGAGCACUGUGGUGUACGUUCCUGAUCUGGGCGCUGGAUACAAGCCCCAGAGCUCAAAUUUCCUCCCUGGGGGAAACCAUGUUAGCAGCACUGACGAAAUCGAUCCCUCAACCCCUCAACCAACAGUGGACUCCUUAGACCUAGGAAAGAACCCCAGGUUUAAAAACUAUCCUCAGUUUUCUUUUUCUGUCUCCAGUAUGAAUUCACUAAGCAACACACUAAUUCUUGAAGAAUUAAGCCUUAUUCUCAAUCAAGGUGAAUGCCGUCCUCCUGACGUACAGAACUCAGACGAGGAUGAAAGCACUGUGCUUUUAGAAAGUGAUUCACCCAGUGAAACUCUCCCAAAUCAGACUCUACUGCCGGAUGAAUUCAUCUCCUGCUUGGGGAUCAUGAAUGAGGAGUUGCCGUCUAUUAACCCUUACUUUCCACAAAAUAUCUUGGAAAGCCACUUCAGUAGGAUUUCACUCUUGAAAAAGUAGGGCUUGUAGCCAAAGUCUAUUGGGAAGGCUGCCUGGAAGUAGGAAGGCGGCUCUUCCCCUCAGUAGAAAUGCAAUCUGCCUCCAAGAUCCCAAAGUGGAACUUGCUUCAUGGUCACACAAAAAAAGAUGCAUUAGUAGGGAAACCAACACAUUUUUAAAAAAUCAAACUACUUCCUCUUCCUAUUUUCCUUCAUUGAAAUGUACAGAGUAGCUCUGCUCUGUCAAGGAAGGAUAAAUAACACAAGAUGUCCGGUGGUGAAAUAAAUGCCAGAAGCCAUUCUUUAAAAUCAAAACAUCAACAUUUGCUUGCAAAGGGAGAAGCAAGCUUAAUUUUCAUCUCAUCCCUUCAAAUUCUCUUGAGUAGAUUUGUUUUUUAGGGUUUGUUUGUUUGGUUUUGUUUUAGGUACUGGGGAACUCAGGCCCUUGCACUUGCAAGACAGGCAACAGCACCACUGAGCUAAAUCCCCAGCUGUUGAUUAGAUUAAAAUACAGCUCCAAAGAGCGAACUCAGUCAAAGAAGAAAGAAAGAGGUAGUUGAGUAGCAUAUGUGCUGUAACAUUUCUUCCACAUCUUUCUAUUCAGGUGUGAGAGAUUUGGUCUCAGUGUGCUUAGACCAAGAGGCGUAAAACAAUGAAGUGUAGGCACCCUGAGUUCCCUUUCUGCAUUUGAGUUAAGAGUGGUGGUGCUGUUCUGUGACAUCACUGGCCCAUCAUUUAAACUAUCAUGGAGUCCAGGGGAGGUAGAAGAUGCAGGAUCAGCAAGAGCUAAUUAAUUUUGGCAUCAUCUAUCUAUUAGAUAUAUCAAAAAUUAUUGUUAAAACAGACCUGUGCCUGGAGCUGCAAUGCAGACACCCGCCACCCCUGCAGACAUCACUAGCUGAUCACUGCAUGCCUUGAUUUCCCUUUCCUAGCUCUCUAUGGCUGCUUUACUCCAAAAUAGAACAUCACCACAGUGUGAAAGGCUCAUCUCCUGCCAUGAACUCAGUUUUCUAUGUUGAAACAUAAAUAUAUUUGUUAUACUUUAUAUAUCCUGCAAGGAAUCUGUUUCACAUCCCUAAUGGAAUGCUAAUGUUAAAUAUCUUGAUGAUUUGGGUGGCGGGGUACUGGGGAUUGAACUCAGGAACUUGUGCUUGUCAGG